GAUGGUGCCAGUCCCCGCUGCUGUGCCAGAAUCGGCUUCAAGAUGGUCGCCUCCCCACCCCGCUCUUUGCUGCCAGGAUCUAAGAUGCCUUCCUCCGCCAGUCUGACGUGCCUCGCUUCCUGCCCGGCGCCCCAGCGGCCCUAGGCGGUGUUUGCCCUCAUCUAAGAUGGCGGUCGGAAGCACCCCUGGUUAUUAGCCUCCCACCUCGCUCCUCGCCUGGUCGUUGGAGUUCGCGGGCGAGAUGGCGGCGGCUGAGCUGGAGUACGAGUCCGUCCUCUGCGUGAAGCCCGAUGUCAACGUCUACCGCAUCCCGCCGCGAACUUCCAACCGCGGGUACAGGGCAUCUGACUGGAAACUGGACCAUCCAGACUGGACAGGACGGCUUCGUGUCACUUCCAAAGGCAAAACUGCAUACAUAAAACUGGAGGAUAAGGUUUCGGGAGAACUCUUCGCCCAGGCUCCUAUAGAUCAAUACCCUGGCAUUGCAGUAGAGACUGUGACAGAUUCCAGCCGCUAUUUUGUCAUUCGAAUUCAGGAUGGGACUGGACGAAGUGCUUUUAUAGGCAUUGGCUUCACGGAUCGUGGUGAUGCCUUUGACUUCAACGUCUCUUUGCAAGAUCACUUCAAGUGGGUGAAACAGGAGUCUGAGAUCUCCAAGGAGUCCCAGGAAGCUGAAACACGUCCCAAAUUAGACUUGGGGUUUAAGGAAGGGCAGACCAUCAAAUUGAACAUUGGGAACAUGACAACAAAGAAGGGAGGAGCAGCCAAGCCCCGUGUCUCUGGAUCAGGGGGCCUAAGCCUGCUGCCACCUCCACCAGGAGGCAAAAUUGCUGUCCCUCCUAUACCUCCACCUUCUUCCACAGCCAUUGCUAACCACGUCACACCUCCACCUGUGCUGAAAUCCAGUAACAUGAGCAGUGCAGAUAUUCUACUAGACUUAGAUGCUCCUGCAUCUGCAUCCAAGGCACCAGCAUCAGCUACCACAGACCUCUGGGGAGACUUCAGCACUGCAUCCAGUGCUGUUCCAAAUCAGGCUCCUCAACAGUCCAACUGGGUCCAGUUCUGAAUGGUUAAAGUGGAAUGGGACAAACUGAUGACCAAGAGGCUCUAGAGGCACCAAAUGGGAUUAGAAGGGGCACAAACCAAUAUAGUCUUCAAUCAAAAACAAGUUGGGACAAUCCUUCCUUUUUAAAACAGAUCUUCAGUCAAAA